UGAGGAAUGUGGUGUUAAUUCUAUUUUGUUAAUUAUUUCUUGUAAAUUAAUUACGUGAUAAGAAGAGAGGAUUCUAAGUUUUCAAUUUGUGAUGACAUUAACAGACUUUUCCGUCAACGUUUAGUGCAUGGAAUUUCUUGAUCUUUGCGUUCCUCAAGAAGAAAUGGAGAAUUUUCUCCAAGCUGAUGUUAAGUCGCCUGAAUCAGUGCAAAUGCCAUUUUGGCCUGGAGUACCAACUGAGUGUCCAGUCACCGUAUGUAAAACCGUCUAUGCUAAAUUUAUGGGGUUUGAAAGACACUGGAAUUCGGUACAUACUCCAGAAAAAUUAUCCUUCCAGUGUUCAUGUUGCAAGUCAAAGUACUGGAGAAAAGAUAUAGCAACGAAACAUCUGAGGCAGAAACAUAAUUUGAAAGAUGUAUCAAUCUAUGAACAGAUGGAACCAAACAAAAUGUACAUUGACCCAGGGAAUAUAUUACCAUUUCGGCCUAACCAUCGAGUUCGAUUAGCAGAAAAACGGAAACAACAACUGUUACAGCGGAAUACAUCACUAGUGACAGAAAAGGCCGAUUGCAGAGAUGAAGAAAUUCUUUUUGACAAACACGGAAAUACCAUAGGGAAAACUUUCAGAAAGAAGCAGAAAACUAUGUGAUAAUUGACAUUAUGCCUAUUUUCAUUGGAUUGAAUAUUUUGGUACAAUUAUAUCCGCACCUUCAAUUAUCAUAAUCUUUUGUGUUGUAUAAUUUAUUUUAUAAUGUAAAAUGUCACAAUAAAAAUAUAUUUUCUUUUUAAUUCUGCAAAAUGUUAAUUGAAAUCAAAAUUGCGCUAUG